UUGUCCAAUGGAAUUUAUAUUAUGUUUGUCCCGGAAAACAACUGGUGAAGACCCAACAGAAUAUAACUAUCACCCAGUUCAAGUGGAUACCAACGAUUCAACAAUACAUUUUACUAUAUGGCCUGAUAGAGAAGGAGAUCGGUUUAAAGUGUUUUUGAAAUAUGAAGACUAUCCAAAUGCAACCUUCUACGACCACACUACCAUAAUACCCCAUGACAAGGAUGCUUUUAAACAUAUUGACCCGGAUAAGUAUCCUGAGAAGAGAAGAUACCUACAGCAUACCUACUUCCCACCUCAACAUUUAACUAAGCUGAAUGGAACAUAUAGAGUUGCUAUCAAGUUACAUGAAAAGACAACAGUUAAUUUUGAGGAGACAAAAGUUUGUCUGAACUACUCUACACAGUUGAUGAUAUCCGGAUGUAAAUUCUGGAGUGAAGAAGAACAAACAUACAAAGGAGAUGGUCUUUUGGUUUCUAAUGAAACAACAAUCUGGAAGACGAAGUGUUUAUCAACUCAUCUCACAUCUUUUGGUGGUGAUUUUGCUGUACCACCUAAUACAAUUGACUUCAGCAAUGUUUGGGCUAAAUUUGAUUUGACCAGCAACGCUGCCGUAUUCUCAACAGUUAUUGCACUAAUUGGUCUGUAUAUUAUUGGUGUUAUUUGGGCACACCAUAUGGAUAAAAAGGAUCUUUUAAAAUGGGGAGCGACACCUUUGGAGGACAACCUUCCAACUGACUGUUAUCACUAUCAGGUAACAGUUCAAACAGGAAUGAAAAAGAACGCUGGUACAUCAUCUAAGAUUAGUUUUGUCAUGUCUGGAGAAACUCACGACUCUGGAGCUAGAAGACUUUAUGAUGGACAUAGAAAGAUUUUACCAACUGGGAGUAUACUGAAUUACAUUCUAAGUGUUGAACGCUGUUUAGGUCCAUUAUCAUAUUUCCGUAUAUGGCAUGACAAUAGUGGAAAAGGAAAGAUGAGAUCUUGGAAACUGGACCAAAUUCAGGUUUCAGACAUACAAACAGGGGAACGAUACUUUUUUUUGUGUGGUCGUUGGUUAGCUGUAGAAGAAGACGAUGGUAUGGUAGAUAGGAUAAUACCUGUUGCUGGACGUGAGGACUUAGCUGCAUUCAAACAUCUCUUUUCCUCAUCUAUCAGAAAGAAACUGACUAGUGACCAUCUAUGGUUUUCAAUUUUUUCUCGACCAACAAGAAGUAGUUUCACACGCGUUCAUCGUAUUUCCUGCUGUAUGUCUCUGUUAUUUAUGACCAUGAUAACAAAUGCCAUGUGGUUCAAAUCAGAAGACAACACAACUCAAACAAAUGCAAUGCAAAUUGGACCAAUUUCCUUUACUCUACAGCAGGUUUUUGUAAGUUUUGCAAGUACCAUGUUAGUUCUUCCUGUUAACUUAAUUAUAAUCACGUUCUUCCGCCGUUGUCGACCAAAGAAAAAUGCCAUAAUGCAAAUUAAUCAACAGAUGCCAAAACGCGGGAAGUGGAAGAAUGUAACUAAUUCUUCGCAGAUUUGGGGUAAUGCUCCAAAAAGGAGUAAAUGGCAAAAGUUCAAAGAUUCAAUAGAAAAUAUAACAAAUUUUCACCAAAGAUCGAAAUACGGUGCUCAGGACAUCGACCCUGAAGAAGAAGACAAACCAAUGCCAAAAAUAGUAGGAAUGCCCGAGGAAAAACAAGCCAAAAAGAAAAAGAAACCAGGAACAUUUCCUCAUUGGUGUAUCUAUAUUGCUUAUGUAUUAACUGUGUUGAGCAUGAUAGUACCAGGAUUUUUCACUAUAUUGUACAGUAUGGAAUGGGGACCAGAAAAGGCAAAUGAAUGGCUUACUACAUUCGUAAUGUCAUUUUUUCAGUCAGUUAUCGUAGUCCAACCAAUCAAGGUUAUGGUUUUAGUUGCCUUCAUAGCAUGUAUAGUGAAGAAACCAGACAUUGACGAAGAGGACGGUGCUUCAGAAGAUAUAAACAAUGUUAUCGCAGCGCACGAUGAAGAAAUGUUACAUAAAGACCACGAAGAACUAGAUGCAAUUGUGGCAAAACGGAAACUAGCGAAUGAAGACUGUAAGCCAAUAGACAUGGAAUCGUUAAACAAAGCUAGAGAGAAUCGAAUGAUGGAGAUCAAGAUGGAAACACUGUUAAGAGAGAUUGCCAUCUAUUUAUUAUUUGUCCUCGUUCUGUUUUUCCUGUCUUACCAACAGAGAGAUUCAUUUUCCUACCAGAUGGCUGCAAAUCUUAGAAAUUAUUUCGAUAACGGAUUUACAUCGAUAUCUACAACCGAAGGAUAUUGGAAAUGGAUGGAUUCCAAGCUCAUUCCAGCAAUGUAUGCCUCGCAUUACGCCAAUGGUACUGAAAUAAUAAGAUGGUGGGAUAAGAGGUGUACAGCAGAUAUGGUUUCUCGUAGAGUUGGUAUCCCACGACUUAGACAGCUUCGGAUAAAGCCAGAUACUUGUUCGGUAAAUCGUCGUUUAGAUAGUCUUAUUCACCACUGUAGAAACGAGUACGGAUGGACUGAUGAUGACGCCAAAGAUUAUCUUCCUGGUUGGGUGAAACCUGAUAUAAGUAACCUCUCAGCAGUAGAGGAGUCGAAAACACCAUGGGUUUACAGAAGUUCUUUUGAGUUAGCAAAUGCGCCGUAUGUUGGAGAAAUUUCAACGUAUAAAGGUGGUGGAUAUGUUGCAAUGUUUGAAAGAAAUGUUGAAAGAAAUAACGAACUUAUUGCACAUUUACGGAAACAUGUUUGGUUAGACGUGUAUACAAGAGGAGUUUUCCUAGAAUUUACAGUGUAUAAUCCUAAUCUUAAUUUAUUUGGUUCGAUGAUAAUGUUAGUAGAAUUUAUGCAGUCAGGUGGUGCAGUAACCAGAAUGGAAUUUAAGAUUUUCAGACUUCUUAGCUACAUCGGAGGAAUGGGAGUUGUGGUUAUUCUAUUUGAGGUUUUAUAUGCCUGUUUUACUCUGUACUUCUUCGUUCACUUCGUUAAGAAACUAAAGAAGGAGAGAAAGAAAUAUUUCAAUUCGUUCUGGAACAAAUUAGAGUUUGCUUUAAUGCUGUUUUGUGUUACUGUGAUAGCGAUGUAUGCUUUAAAGCACAUUUUGACGUCUGUUGCAAUGAACGCUUUGAAAGACAGAGAGCGAGCUGACAACGUGAAUUUCCAGUCUCUCGCCGCGUAUGAUGAACUUUACAGUUAUAUGGUGGGAAUAGUGGUGUUCCUUGCAACCAUACAGUUCCUUAAACUUCUACAGUUUAACAAGAAAAUGAAUAUGUUGGGAGAUACAGUCAAUUUGGCAUCAAAAGAUCUAAAAGUAUUUUCUUUUGCAUUCAUCAUGUACUUCUUAGCGUUCACAAUAUUUGGCUUCCUUCUCUUUGGUUCUACAUUAUAUGCCUUUGCUGGUUUUAUCAGCGCAGCAGAAUCAAUGUUUGCAUUCACGUUAGGAAGUUUUGAUUUCGCCGCAAUGGAAGCAUCACAAAAGAUUUUGGGUCCUAUAUUUUUCUUUUUAUUUAUUUUUAUAGUUUAUGUGGGAUUAAUGAGUAUUUUCUUAACGAUAAUUGCUGAUGCUUUUGCAACUGUAAAGGAAGAUGUAGCCAAUCAAACAAACGACUAUGAGAUUGUUGAUUUCAUGUGGAAGAAAAUCCAAGGUGUUAUAGGAUGAAUUGUUAAUUGAGAAAAGGGUAUAUAGGAGUUAACCAAUCCUUGAUUGUUAUUGUUUCAUGGUUUUUUUACUAAGAGUUUCAAAGUUUUACUCAUAUCAGUAGAUUGUUUGUAAUCAAUAGCUAUUCACAAGGACCUUGAAAAAAGAAUAUCAAUGUUAUUAGUUUGUUUUGAAUAAUGACUACAGAAUGUAUUCACAUAGCUUAAUUCAUUGAUUAAUACAUAAAACAAAUCUAUGUUUUGCAUGUUUAUGUGAAACCUUUUCUCAGGGAAAUAUUUUCCGUGUCCAUUACAAAAACUAGAAAAAGUAGUACAGGAAAUUUCUAUGUUAGUUCAUUUACUUUAGAAACGUUAGCAGAUCCUUACAAUUUUUGAAAAAAAUUAUGACGCCUAUUACCUAAUUCCCUAACUACUUCAGUUAGUCUACCCAUUGUCAACGGAUGAUUAUUAAGAAAAAUAGAAAAAAUUGGUCUUUAAACAAGCCUUUUGUAUUCUUUUAUACUUUGCCAUAAUGAUGAACAAAUAGUAAAAAAAGCCUGAAAAUACAGUGUACCAUUCUCGAUGUCUACUUUAUCACACUUACUCAAAUGUGUCUCACUUUUGAAUGACAACAAAUCUACUUGAUUUGUCAAUAUGCACAUUAGUUGUCACAAUACAUUGUUUCAAAUGCAAACAUUAUAAUGGUUAUAACAUUUAUAUGAAAUAAUCCCCCCUUGUGGCCACACUAGUUAAUUAAGUCUUGUAAAUUUACCUAUGAAAACAAAGCUAUCAGAAAAAAAAACAAUUAACAGCUGUAUAUAUGCACGCAACAAUAAAGAUCUCAUUGUUAUGGUUUCUUCGAACUUUUAGUUUAAAUAAAAAUGAUGCAAAUUA